CUCAAAUUGAAUAGAGAGGGGAAUGGAGUGCAAAAACAGCAAUCAUUCACCCCACCAACACCAAGGUCACUCAAAAUUCCUCUUUUUCUCCUAUUCAUGGCUCAUGAACAACAACAAUAAUAAUGCAUUCUCACCUUUAAUCAUUCCCUCAUUCCAUCUCUCUCUAACACUGCUCUUUCUUCCUUUCCUUUUUCUUGAUAAACCAUCUUUCUGUUUGCUCUUUGGUAUAGUUUUUUAAAAAAGAUGACUACAGCAAUCCUAAAAAGACACAUUACCUAAAACAAUUCCAUUAAAUUGUACUGUAAACUGUACACUCCCCGGGGGUGGGGCCAUGGUGAAAGAGGUCCCCUCUACAUUCUCGGCUUUAAUGUUUUUUGUUCUGUGUACAGUGCCCAAAUCCCAAGCACGACCUCAUCCUUUCCUUCUUCUUCUUCUUCAUCUUCUCAUCAGUUUUCAAUAAACAGAUUUCAACUUCUUUGUCUGUUUCUUCCCAACUCGAAAUUGUUUUAUUACUGUACCUGACCAGUAAUAACUUUGCAGCUUUUUUGUUCCUUUUUUUUUUUUUAUUCUAACCAUUUUCCAAAAUUUGAACUACAUUAUCAUGUCUUGCCGCCAUUUGCACUGACCCAUUUUUUUUUCCUUUCCUAAUGGAUCUUUCUGUUUUCUUGCUUCUUCUUCUCUUUGGCUAUUUCCCGGUCUCUCUCACCGCCGCCGCCACCGUCGCCGCCUCAAAUGACACAGCGGCCCUGACCCUCUUCCGUUCUCAGACCGACAUCCACGGUACCCUCCGUUCCAACUGGACGCUUCCAAACAACAACGACACCAAUUCUACCGCCUGUACGGCGUCUUGGAUCGGCGUCAAUUGCACAAACGGCCGAGUGACGGCGCUGACGCUUCCUUCUCUGAACCUCCGGGGACCCAUUGACUCCCUCUCCGCCCUUGACCAACUCCACCUCCUUGACCUCACUGACAACCGCCUCAAUGGCACACUUUCCCCACUCCUCCUCUGCCAUAACCUCAAGCUUAUUUACCUCUCCAAUAACGACAUCUCCGGCGAAAUCCCGCCUGAGAUCUCCUCCCUCCGUCGCCUUCUCCGGCUGGACAUCUCCAACAACAAUCUCCGCGGCCCGAUUCCUUCGCAAGUCUCCAAUCUCUCCAGAAUUCUGACUCUGAGCCUCGAAAAUAAUGCCCUGUCCGGAACAGUCCCCGCAUCUCUGGCCUCCUUGACCCAGCUUAAGUCCUUAAACUUAUCAAACAACGAAUUUUAUGGCAAUGUUCCUCCGGAAUUGUUAAAGAAAUUUGGAGAAGACAGUUUCAUUGGGAAUGAAGGGCUCUGUGGAAACAGCCCAUUACCUCAGUGUUCUCCUGGGAAAAGCGGGCCAUCUAAUUCUAACCCUUCCGAAACUGUGCCGUCAAAUCCUAGUUCCUUACCAAAUUCUACAGUUACUUUACCAACUGAAAAACACUUGGGAAAGCAUUCCCAUAGAAAACUCAGCAAUGGAGCAUUCGUCGCAAUUGUAGUGUCAACAGCUGUUGCUCUGCUAAUCAUUGUCUCAUUUUUAAUUGCCCAUUGUUGUGGGAGAUAUUCCAGGGACGGAAGUUCGAUGGCCGGGAGUGAAAUUGGGAAGAGGAGAAGCAGUAGCUAUUCCGGCGAGAAGAGGGUUUAUGCCAACAAUGGUGGAGACAGCGAUGGGACAAAUACGACUGACAGAAGUACCCUGGUGUUCUUUGAUAGGAGGAAGCAAUUUGAGCUGGAAGAAUUGCUGAGAGCCUCAGCAGAGAUGCUGGGAAAAGGGAGCCUGGGAACUGUUUAUAAAGCAGUUCUGGAUGAUGGAUGUACUGUGGCUGUGAAGAGGUUGAAGGAUGCUAAUCCCUGUGCUAGGAAGGAGUUUGAGCAGUACAUGGACGUCAUUGGAAAGCUUAAGCAUCCUAACAUUGUCAAGCUCAGGGCAUACUAUUAUGCCAAGGAAGAAAAGUUGCUUGUUUGUGAUUAUAUGCCUAAUGGAAGCUUGCAUUCACUCCUCCAUGGGAAUCGAGGUCCUGGAAGAAUUCCAUUGGAUUGGACUACGAGAAUCAGCUUGGUAUUGGGAGCGGCUCGUGGGCUUGCACGGAUUCAUGAGGAGUAUGCAACUUCCAGAAUUCCGCAUGGAAAUGUGAAGUCUUCCAAUGUGUUACUGGACAAGAAUGGAGUAGCUUGUAUUUCUGAUUUCGGGCUGUCGUUAUUACUAAAUCCUGUCCAUGCCAUAGCUAGAUUGGGAGGAUACAAAGCACCUGAACAGGCAGAAGUCAAGAGACUCUCCCAAAAAGCCGAUGUUUACAGUUUCGGUGUCUUGCUUCUGGAAGUUCUUACUGGGAGAGCUCCAUCGCAGUACCCUUCGCCAAGCCGUCCUCCUCGCAUGGAGGAAGAGGAGCAGGGCGUCGACUUGCCUAAAUGGGUUCGGUCGGUGGUGAGGGAUGAGUGGACUGCAGAAGUGUUUGAUCAAGAAUUGUUGAGGUAUAAGAACAUUGAGGAAGAAUUAGUGUCAAUGCUGCAUGUAGCCAUGGCUUGUGUUGUUCCACAGCCUGAAAAAAGGCCUACCAUGGCUGAAGUCACUAAAUUGAUCGAGGAGAUUCGGGUGGAGCAAUCUCCUCUAGGAGAGGAUUAUGACGAAUCGCGCAAUUCUCUUUCUCCCUCCCUGGCUGCCUCUGAAGAUGCAGUGGCCGGUUGAUUGAAAGAUCCAUUGAUAGAUAAUGUUCCCUCCUUUGAUUGUAUGGCCAUCAUAUAGUCUUGGCGGUCUGUAGUUGAAUUUGCAUUGCCUCAGUGCAUACUCUUGCUGUUGCAGAUUUCAUUCGUUUAGAAUCCAAUUCCAAGGACCAGACUUUGUCUUAGUUGCAGUCAUUCUGUAAUGCCUUUUAAGUUCUCAUGUAAAAUUCAGUCAUCUUGUAGAAUACCCAGCGUCCAAAACUUUGCCUUUGAAGGACAUUACUUCAUUUGGGCAAUUAAACUCAUUCAACUGUUUCUGUCUUAAGCCUUUUAAUCGCGUGAUUAAUUACUGAGAGACUACUUGCUUUUUUCAUUAAAAGAUUAUCAGAAUUAAUUUC